AACUUCUGCGGGGGAAAGAGCUAGGAAGAGCUGCAAAGCCGUGUGGGGCUUUUCCUCUUUUUCGCUCCUUCUAAUUACCCUCCCUUCCGUUUGCACCCUUCUCCCGACUUCACGCAGAACCUGCGAAUUUCGAAGAGGUGGUUGCAGAGUGGGAGAAAAGAGGUGUUAGGGUUUUGGAUCUGGGCUUUUUUCUUUUUUCUUUUUUUCCUUGAUUUCAGCAUUUUCCCUUACCCUUGCGGCUGCAGCCGCCGCCUUCUACCUGUCCGCGCAGCCGCGCGCCGCUAGCAGCUGAGGGUUAGAAAGGAGCAGGGUGUCCUUUAGAUUUUAAACAAAAUUUUUGAAGACAAAUCCUUUUUUCUCCACCCACCUCAUCUCCUCCACAGCCUCCGAGCUCCUUAUUCCGGUGGUUGCUUUGGGGUGAACAAUUUUUGGCUUGUCCCCCUGCACUUCUGACCGGAUCGGGCUUGGGGCUUGUUUGUCCGACCCCAGUCCCAGCGCGUGCACCUGGCGCUGCUCUUUCCCCUCAACCUGUUGCAAAUCUUUAAUCCUUGUAACUGGGACUUGCUUGCAAGCACCCCAGCCCUCCAACUCUCCCCACAUUUUGCGAUUGUCUGGGGGAGGACACCUGCUCUACCUGCCAGAAUUUUUUUUUAAUUUUCUCCGGCACCCUCCUGGCCCCUUUGUCCCUGCACUCUCGCUCUCCUGCCCCGCCCCAAGGUAAAGGGAGAGACUCGGAGAAGAUGGUGCUCACCGCGGUCCUACUGCUGCUGGCCGCUUGUGCGGGGCCGGCCCAAGGCCUGGGCUCCUUCGUGCACUGCGAGCCCUGCGACGAGAAAGCCCUCUCCAUGUGCCCCCCCAGCCCCCUGGGCUGCGAGCUAGUCAAAGAGCCGGGCUGCGGCUGCUGCAUGACUUGCGCCCUGGCGGAGGGGCAGUCGUGCGGCGUCUACACUGAGCGCUGCGCCCAGGGGCUGCGCUGCCUCCCACGGCAGGAUGAGGAGAAACCGCUUCACGCCCUGCUGCACGGCCGCGGGGUUUGCCUGAACGAAAAGAGCUACCGCGAGCAAGUCAAGAUCGCAGAGCGAGACUCCCAGGAGCAGGAGGAACCAACCGCCUCCGAGACAGCAGAGGAGACCUACUCCCCCAAGAUCUUCCGGCCCAAGCACAGUCGCAUCUCCGAGCUGAAGGCCGAGGCCGUGAAGAAGGACCGCAGAAAGAAGCUGACCCAGUCCAAGUUCGUGGGAGGAGCCGAGAACACUGCUCACCCCCGGGUCAUCGCUGCACCUGAGAUGAGACAGGAAUCCGAGCAGGGCCCCUGCCGCAGACACAUGGAGGCUUCCCUGCAGGAGCUCAAAGCCAGCCCUCGCAUGGUGCCUCGUGCCGUGUACCUGCCCAACUGUGACCGCAAAGGGUUCUACAAGAGAAAGCAGUGCAAGCCCUCCCGCGGCCGCAAACGCGGCAUCUGCUGGUGCGUGGACAAGUACGGCAUGAAGCUGCCCAGCAUGGAGUACGUCGACGGGGACUUCCAGUGCCACACCUUCGACGGCAGCAACGUUGAGUGAUGCGUCCCCGCCCCAUCCUUCCCUCACCCCGUCCCGCCCCCAGCCCCAACUCCAGCCAGUGCCUCCCUCCACCCUAGGAUGCCACUCAUUUCAUCUCAUUUAAGGGAAAAAAUGCAUAUAUCUAUCUAAUUGAGGAAACUGAGGACCUCGGAAUCUCUAGCAAGGUCUCAACUUUGAAAAUGGCAACAGCGGAGAGGAAAAAAGCUAAGGAGACCCCCCCCCUUUAAAUGGUUUUCUGUUUGAGGCAAGUUGAAUGAAUAAGGAAAGGAAGAGAGGACGAACAGGAGGAGCGAAGGGAAGAGGUGUCGGUGUAGGAGAGAGGGAAAGAUGAACAGGGUCAGGAAAAGGAAGGAGGCGUGUGGGCAGGAAGGAGAGACCAGGCACCGCGGCUGGACCCACCUUCCAGCAGCCCCGGCCCGAGCUGGACACAUGUCGGGGCCCUAGAAGUAGUGACCCAAGAUGUACUCAAUGGCACACUUGGAGCUUUCGCAGUUUAGGUUGGUCACGGGGAGAGAACGGAAGGGACAGAAAAGUGUCGUUGCCUCUCUGGGAUUUUUCUCCACCUCCAGCCAGCCACGCGGGCAGCUCGAACCCUCCUUCCCUCUGCUCACCCCAGUAGAGUGUUCUCUCCCCCCAAAUUUAAAAACACUAAAUGCAUUCCAUUCCUCUCAAAACGAAACAAAUUAAUACCCGAGGGAUAUUAGAUAGAUAAGAUUUCCUAAGCAGACACCUAAGCUUUAAGCGUGUGUGCAGAUUUCCCUGUGCAAACUUCUAGAAAUCAGCACAGACCCCGACAGUGGGAGGACUCGUUCCUCCGGGGAGACCGAGACCACGCGUGUGGUCUCAGCACCUCCAAGCACUCGAUUCGCAACUAGCACAGCCUCUGUGGGGGAGGAUAGGCUGAAAAAAACGCGGGCUUGUAUUUAUCUACAAGGCUCCAUGUAGUCAUAUAUAGGCAUAUAAAUCUAUUUUUUUCUUUCGUUCCUUCCUUUCAAAGGUUUGCAUUAACUUUCUAAAGUAGUUUCUAUGGGGGCAUUGAGGAGCUUCCUCAUUCUGGGAAAACCAAGAAAACUCAUAUUCUCCUAACACGACCCAUAAAACACCAGCGUUGCCUGCCUCCCGUGAGCAGCAGCCCCCUUUGUGGGGCACAGUGUUGGAUUUUUUUUCCUGAUUUCCCACAGGCACACAUGCUCACACACAGCACCCGGCCGGGUGGCCGUGCACCCCGGCAAGUCCCUGCAGGCCCUCCGGAGGUCGCCGUCUCCGGGGCCCGCACCAAGCGACCCUGACGGGCCCGGGUGUGGCCGACUGCUCCCUGCAGCCUUCCCACGUCACCAGGGCAGAGCCUGUGUUUUGAAAGCCUCUCUCACUCUUCACACUGGCAAGGCAGGAGCGAGCCGGACAUGAGAGAUGGCGGAGAGGGAGAUAGAGGUGAACAGGUUUCAGAGCAGGAAGGCAGUAAAGGUGAUUGUUCAGGCCAGAGAAAUGGAGGGAGGGGACAGAGGGCUGGGGGAAUGAGGCUUGACAGGCCCGCUCUAGCUUUGAAGCAAAGCAAAAGGAAGGGGGACAAAGCCCAGGGCCAUGUCCAUGGCGUCCCACCCAAUAACCCCUCUGGGAUUCAAGAAGAAGUAGAGAGGAAAAGGGGGAACAGGUUGUAAAAGAGAAAUGAGCUAACUCCAGGCCUCAGAGCCAGGAAGGUGGGUCACGUAGGUGGGCUAUAGACUUAGCAGCUAGACCAGAGAGAGGCUCCAUAGAAGCUGGCCGUGUUUGGAAGGGGCAAGACUUUGUGCUCAGAUGCCCAUCUUCCCCCUGCAGUGAGGGGCUGAGGCCAGAGAGUCCUCUAAGCCCUUCAUUCACUCUGGCCAGUUCAGGCUUCCUCCCUGGGGCGGGGGAUGCAGGGAAGGCUCCGGCCAACCAGGAGGUGGAUGCUCGGCAGUGCUGUCCUUCGGCAGCUGAACUUUGACCCCAGGAGAUUCCCGUUCUCCACUGACUUCCUCAGCAGAUGGGUGGCUUCGGGGCUGCCCCCUGAGACUGGAGAUAGCCCACCAGGAAAUGGGGUUUGGACACUGGCAAGGAGACCCUUUCUCACUGUGAACCCAGCUCUCUACGCUCUCCCGACGGCAUGGUACCGUGGAGACCCCUCCAACACUGAACUGGGGGCAAUGAAGAGGGACAGCAGAGAAACAGAUCUAUGCCAGCUAGCAGAGAAUUUGCAGCGGCAGAACUUGGGGGAUGUCUCCUGCUCCCCGAGACAGGAUGGUUGGCUGGGGAUGGGAGAGGUGGUGGAUCUUCACGGGGCAGAGGGCCUGAUGGGAAUGGCAGCCACAAGGACUCACUUGGCCUGCUGUGUCCGCACACCAGUCUCUGUGUGUGACUGUGCCCAGCCCCCAACUCCCACUCAGUGCUGGAGGCCAGUCUCCUGACCUUCCCCGCUUGCCCCCUUCUGCCCAUGCUCCCUUUGGAUCCUGAGCAGCCGUCUAACUGGGACCUGCCAGGUGGAUAUGGGGGUGCCAUUCCCCCUAAGAAAAGACUGAGCCAGGCACUGCAUACCCUCCCCCCACCCCUCCCCAGGCUUGGACCUGGUUCCUCAGAGGGGUUCUCUCCACCCCCCAAUAUUUACUGGACUUUGAAUGGGCCUCUGCCCCUUACAGUGACUCUUUGCUGUCAGCCACGAGAUGGGGGUCAUGGCCUGUAACUCCACUGGUCUCUUCUGAUUCCCAGAGUUCAUGACAACUGACUCAGACCUGUGAGUCUCCAGUGUUUGCAGGGGGUGAUUCUGGUCAGCUGGCCAGUCCCUAGAGGACACUGGACCUUCGUGACAGGUGGAACUAAAUCUCUCCAAGGGGAGGUCUGGCCUGAACCCAGAGUGGAGAGACCCUGGGGAGAGGGUCACUGGGGGUGACAGAGCCCAUGCCCUGGGCAGGGGUGAGUGCUGCCGGCAGCGAAGUCCCGGCCAGCUUCUCCUGGACUCAGGCUUCCUGCUGGCCCCUGACUGCUCACCUAGAGGACUCUGGCUCCAGCCAUUCUGUGGCCUCAAGUCUCAAUGUUGCCGCCCUCGACAGGUCUCUCCCCAUCUCCCUUUUGACUUGUGCCUCACUCCAGCAGUGUGGCCCAUAACUGCUGCCCAAUGAUAGAGGCAGGCCCAGCCAGGACCGAUCCUCCUCCCCCAGAGCUGCCCUGCCCGCUCUGCCUGCCGGCAAGGGAGGGUGUCUGGGGAGGAAGAGAAUUAAAACUUUCUCGGACAGCCAGGCCUAAACAGGCAGGCCUGGAGACAUUCAACCCUCACAGUGGGGAGGAAGGGAGGCCUGGGAGGCCCUAUAGGGUCCCACCUCCUCCCCUCACCCAUUUUCCCAUCACCACCUUGGUGGUCUCCACGGUAACCCUACAGGGUCAGCCUCCUCUAAGGUCUGCAGAAGGCGGGCCUCAACCUCCCUUCUCUGGCAGCCACAGGGCUGCCAUGGCAACUGCCCAGCCCCCUAGGAGUGGGCACUGUGGCUCCCGCUCCCUCAGCCCAGCUGCCCAGAGGGCUCCAACUCAGAAUGGGAACUUCAGAGAGGAGUGGGCCCAGGAGAAGCAACAGCCCUCUGGUCUCAGAGAGGACCCUUGGGGCCUCCAAGAGAAGGGAGGCUAAGUUUUGGGAAGAGGUGGGACGGGGAGAUGGGGUUUUACCUGCCAGCAACCUGGCCGUUGUACUGUCUGUUUUUGAAACCACUAAAGUGCAAGACGUUUUGCACUUUUCUCUGCUUUUUCUUCCUCUUAGGUUUUUGUGUCUUUUUUAAACAUACUUUCUUGGUUUUCUAAUGGAGUAUAUAGUUUAGCCAUCUCCACAGACUCUGGCCUCCUCUCUGACUCCUUCUGGAGGAGAAAGGGAGGUGGGAGGGCCACCGCCCUGCCUGCACCCACUCCCCCAGGUCUCCGGUCCCCCGACACCAGCCCGAGUCCCACCGCCACUGCCACCACACAGUAGCCCACACGGAUAGACAGUUGUCAGACAAGAACCUUCAGAUUCCGAGUUGCCUACCGGUUUGUGUUUUUGGUUUUUUUUUCUUAAACAGCAAUAACCACAGCACAUAUUACUGUAGUUCUUGAUAGUUUUACAUACAUACGUACCAUAGCUCUAUUUUCUCCUCUUUUUUGUUUUCAACUUUUUUAAAGAAAAUAAAUGCUCAUAAUCUUUACUGGUAAAAAGGAUGGAUAAGCAAACCAGCAAACAAAACCAGUUUGUGGUAAAAAAAAAAAAAAUGCGGGGGAAAAAAAAUCACCCGAAUGCGGAAGAACUCGCCUCCUGUUUAGCAUUUUGUACCUAAGGAAAUAAAAACGGAAAAAAAAAAUACAGAGGAUCUCACGUUUUAUUAAAAAGGUGAAGAUAUCUGUAUACUAUUUAUUCAACGUAUAAUUUAUGUUACUCCUUGAUCUUUGUCUUGUGUCAUGACAAAGCCUUUAUUUAAUAAAGUUAUGCGUUCAGUUA